AUGGGUCUGCUGCUGCCUUUGCUUCUUGGUUUUCUUGCCUGUAUUUUCAGUGGACUGUACAUUCUGGGAGCUUUUAGACAAAGACGUCCAGGAGAGCCUCCUCUAGACAAAGGUUGGAUGCCUUGGCUGGGUCAUGUCCUGGAGUUCCGGAGGGACACUGCCAAAUUUAUACAGAGAAUGAGACAAAAACAUGGUGAUGUUUUUACAGUACAGCUGGGUGGCUUUUAUGUGACCUUUCUUCAAGACCCUUUGUCAUUUGGAGCAUUUGUCAAAGAAAACAGCAAAAAACUGAGCUUUGAUGUAUUUGCUAAACAGAUAGUUAUCAGAAUGUUUGGCUACAAGGUUUCUAAUAAUGUUCACACCAUCAAAGACACAGCGAGUCACCUCAGAGGUCACGGAUUGGAGGCGCUGACAGAAUCUAUGAUGAGUAAUUUGCAGAAUCUCAUGCUGCACAAUCUUGGCUCUGCUGCAAACCAAAAGACCUGGACAGAAGAUGGACUUUUUAAUUAUUGCUACAGCAUUUUGUUUAGAGCUGGUUACCUGUCUCUGUACGGCCACACAACAUCAGAGACUGAAGGAGAUGAUGAGAAAGCCAAGGCUAAAGACAGAAUCGAGUCAGAAGUCUUGUUUCAUGAAUUCUGCAAAUACAACAAACUUGUUCCUAAUUUACUUUAUAAUGUCCUAACCCCGACCCAAAGGAGAGAGGCUCUCAGACUGAAGCGUUACUUUUGGGAUGCUCUGUCUGUUAAAAAAAUUAGAAGCAAAGACAACAUUAGUGGCUGGAUCAAAGACAUUUUAAACCUGCAAAAAGUGCAAGGUAUACCAGAGAUAAUGACUGACAGAUACAUGUUUGUACUACUUUGGACAUCUCAGGGCAACACUGGGCCUUCAGCGUUUUGGCUUCUCCUCUACCUUAUGAAGGACCCAAUUGCAAUGGAGGCUUUGAGGAAAGAAGUAGAUAAGGUCCUUAAGGAGUCUGGGCAGGAGGUCCGACCUGGUGGUCCUCCAGUCGAUCUAACCUACGAAAUGCUCAUGAAAACACCAGUUUUAGACAGUGCUGUUGAAGAAACUCUUCGUCUUAAAGCAGCACCGCUCUUCACCAGACAUGUCCUUCAAGAUAUGACCCUGGAAAUGGCUGAUGGUCGUCAGUUUUUUAUCCGCAAAGGAGACCGCAUGGCUGUUUUUCCCUACGUUUCUGUUCACAUUGACCCUGAGAUCCACCCUGACCCAUACACCUUCAAGUACGACCGGUUCCUCACUCCAGAAGGUACAAAGAAAACAGCUUUCUACAAAGGAACACAGAGGGUCAAAUACUACAGCAUGCCUUGGGGGUCUGGGGUGUCCAUGUGUCCUGGUCGCUUCUUUGCCACCAACGAGCUCAAGCAGUUUGUUUUUCUUAUGCUGGUCUACUUCGACUUUGAGCUGAUGAACCCAGAUGAGAAGAUACCACAAAUCGACACCAGACGGUGGGGAACUGGAACCAUGCACCCGGACAGAGAAGUUAAGUUUCGUUACAGACUUAGAUAUUAAAUGCACAAAACUGCCAUGAUCUUUUUGCAGUUCAUAUUGUAAAAAGUAAAAAUGGGCCA